AUGUUAGUGACGGUAAGUUUGUCCUCACCUAUCAUCAGACACUACCCGAACGUAACACUAGACAAGUGUGGUAUCGGACGGCAGUCAUACAAAUAUCGGUCGACACUAUCGGUCAACAACAACAAUCAUAUGUCGGCUAAAAUUCAAAACGGACUGAUCCCAGCACAGGGAGAUUGGCCAUGGAUUGUCUAUUUGAAAAGUGUUAAAUAUCUUAUAUGGAAAUUCAUACCAAUUAAAUAUGUUUCAUGUACUGGUGUUAUACUAAAUAAACAAUGGAUAUUAACUGCAGCCCAUUGUUUCCGACAAAAUUUCAAGUCAACUGUACGCUUGGUUCAGGAUCUGAAUGAUAAUAGCCAUACAUACGGUGUAGACAAGUGGUUCAUACAUCCCAAAUAUAGGGCCAACCAAAAGGGAUUAAAAAAAUUGAGAUACGAUGUGGCUCUACUGAAAUUAGAUACAAAAUUAAGUGAAAUAACCGAUAAGUUUCGUACGUAUCCAACGAUUAACGGUAUUUGUUUGCCCGACAACACCAACAACAACAACAAAAACAUUGUUAUCAACACCAAUGUCGACAAUGACGAGUGGGCACUGAUGGCCGGUUUCGGUAAGAUUGAUGUCGGUGUUGAUAAUCAGGGACCCGUACUACGGGCCGGUUGGACUAGAUUUGAGUAUAUGUAUUCACUCUAUGAUGGUGUUAUACUAGCUUCUAGAUAUCCGGAAAAUGUUGGUGCCGGUAGUUGUGCGGGCGACUCUGGCGGACCAUUGGUUCAGUACAUAACUGAUGGCAAUGGUAGAGAUAGUGGUCGGGCAGUACUUAUCGGUAUAGCCAUAUCCAUCGAUGGCAACCAAUGUCUGAAUAAGUCUAGCGGUAAUUAUAUGUAUUUUGCACGGGUAUCUAAACUAGUCGAUUGGAUUCAGGAUACUGUUAGAUAUAAUUAA